AUGACUUGCAAAGCUAAACACAGCAUUCGUGUUAGAGAAAUAAAGACUCCACAUGUCUGCCUUCAAGCUCCAUUUGCUCCCUCUUCAGGUUAUUCAAAGCUACAAUUCUCACCGUUACCAGCGACCAAGCCACCACCAGCUGGAACGCAAUUGAAAACAUCAAGUGCAUCGGAAACAUAUCCGACAAAACUAUCAAAGGAAGUGGACGAAAUUAUAGAAAAACUAAGGUCUAAUGACACAACAAGUCUUAAUAUUGGUGGCAACAAUAUAUCAGAUGCAGGGGCAAAAGCAAUUGCAGAAGCCUUGAAAACAAACCAAACAUUAACAGCUCUUGGUAUUAACAGCAACAAUAUAUCAGCUGAAGGGGCAAAAGCAAUUGCAGAAGCCUUGAAAACAAACAAAACAUUAACAGUUCUUGGUAUUAACAGCAACAAUAUAUCAGCUGAAGGGGCAAAAGCAAUUGCAGAAGCCUUGAAAACAAACAAAACAUUAACAGCUCUUGAUAUUAACAGCAACAAUAUAUCAGAUGCAGGGGCAAAAGCAAUUGCAGAAGCCUUGAAAACAAACCAAACAUUAACAAAACUUUUAUUAUUCCCAGAUCAAGUUGCAAAACAUUAUAUGCAUCUUGUAUGUAGUGGUCACUUUAAAACAUUGAUUACUUAUUGGGAACGUAUUUUAUUACCGGGUGUAUUUGAUCAAGGUUCAAAUUAUCUGUAUGAUUUUCUUCUUUAUGUAUCACCAAUAUUUGUGGCAUUAUUUUUACCUGAUGAACUGGCAGUACAUUUUUUACAUUAUUUCAUUUAUAUAGGUGCUUUACACUUUUAUGAAAACAAAAAUGUAUUAACAGAUAUUGAAAAUUUUUUUAAUUAUUAUUAUCCAACUUUGGCGAAACAUUAUGGUGCAAAAUCCCAGUUAUGUACAAUCCAUCUUCAUUUACAUCUCAAAGAACAAGUAUUGAAACAUAGUUCAUUAUCAUUAACGUCGUGUUUUCUUCGUGAAGAUUAUUUGGGACAUUCAUUAAAAUGGUGUCAUGGUAAAAAAUAUGUCUUAGAACAAUUUAUUACAUGGUAUUUGGUUAAUCGUACAUUACGUCGAAGUAAUGAAUUAAGUAUUAAUGACUUAUUUCUUGCCAAGAAGUUUGACGAAAGAUAUUUAAACAACAAAAUUAUUCAAAUGUAUGAAGAACUUAUUAUGGGAAUCGACGGACAACAAACGGGUCCGGGUCCAAAAAAAUUUAAUCAACCGGGCCCGGGUUUGAAUAAAUUUUUAUCAUCGGAUCCGGGUUCAAAAAUCAUGGACCCGAUGGGCUCUAGUGGUGGGCCAAAAGAAUCGUAA